CCGGCUACUUUUUCUGCCCGGGUGAACAGUGAACGCAGCCUCGCACCGGGCGGCCUUCGUCGUCAGAGACACCACGUCGUCGCGGCGCGGCACACUCAACAUGGCGGCCAAACUUCAAAUACACACGCCGUAUGUGCUGCAGACACUUCCGCGGCCCCUGGACGGCCCUGACCGACCGGGUCGCUACCACGCGGGGGAGGUGUUCGGCCAAAAGCACGGCUGCAAGCGGCGCAAGAGGACCGAGCUGGCGGUAGCAGUCGACGGUGUCGCUGUGUACAUCUACGAUGUGCUCUCGUCCCAGGCUGCCACGUCCUAUCUGGUCUCGCCUCAGUCGGUAUUCACUUGUGCCCCGUACUCGCUACGAUGGCGGCCGGCCUCCUCCAAGACGACCACCCGCUACACCUAUGUCUCCCUCUCGACAAAUAAGUCCUCGUCGGUCUCCGCGCAGCGAGAGAUCAAGUUAUUCAAGGAGGAGACCUCCGGGGCCGGGACAACCAUGGCCGCUCCUGUGUCCCGGGCCCUCCAUUGCGAUGCCCCUAUCAUCCACAUCUUCGCUAGUUCACCACGUCAUUCGCCAAUUAAUGUGACAGGUGGCGAAAGUCCCAAUAACGACCUGUUUGCUGUCGCUGCCGAUGGCACAAUCCUGUGCCUGAACGGGGAGACGUUGGAGGAAAGGUGGCAGACCGCGCCGUCUGCACUCUCCAAGGAGCUACUCACAAGCUCGAAGACUGGCCUUCACGUCGACUUCGCCCAGCUCACAUCGGCUGCCGAUGUCGUCGAUGGCAUGUUUGGAGGCAGAAGUGAGCUUUUCGGAGUCUUCCAGGAGCCGAUCCAUCGCGAGGGCUUCAACCCAGACUUCCUCGUUGUGAUCACAUCGCAAGGCUCAUCUCACUCGCGGCACCUGCACUUGCUUGCUCUGCCCUCUGAGAGAGAAGCACGGCAGACGAAUGACGAGCGCCUUAUUUCGGUGUUUGUCGCUCCUUUCCCUGCCGAAGCGGGGCAGACCCAGUUUCAGUUGGACGUCCGGUCCGGCACCCUACAAUCGCUGUCUGGGGGUGCGAUUGCCACCUAUGGGUUCAACAACGGCAUCCCCCGGCUCGAGAAUAAGUUGCAACUCCCUGAGUUGGCUUCAUUUCUUCGGUUAUCGAAGACAUCUGUUCUCGCUGCUUUGGGAGAUUCUUUUUCAGUCUAUAACCCCAUUUACCGGUCUCUCCAAGCAACCACCCCUCUUGGUUCUGGGGAAACUGCGGAAAGCAACGGUCCUGUCGACUUGAUCACUUACCUCGGGGGCCGUGAACUCGCUCUUGGGCUACGAGGGGCGAAUCUCAUUGCCAUCCAAAUCGAGGCACCAAAGAACCGGAAUUCCAAGCGUGGCGCUGAAGGCCUCCUGACCGAUGCAAUCCGGCGUGGCAUUUCCAGGGAUCCGUCCCACAAGAGGAAGCGAGUUCGAGCGGACAUUGCUGUCUCAGCUGUCCUUGCAGAGCCUUUGCCUGGAACGUCAGAUGAGGCGUGGCUUGAGUGGCAGAGCAAAUCCGCGAAAGCGGAUGAGCUCCUUGGCGACAACGACUUGCGGUCAUGGGAGGAAUUGCUGGCAGAGGUUUUUAGAGUGAAAAUCAAACCGAGCGAGGUCGCGACCGAAAACGGAGUCCUCGCGAAUGGAACGGCAUCUCCAACGCAGCCUUUGGAGUGGGAAUGGCCGUCUUCGAGGGCUGAUUACUCCCGUGUUGACAGGCGGUGGGUGUUUUACGCCAUUGGCAGAGUUUUUGCGUGGGACCAGCAAAGUCAGGGUUCCAAGACAUCGCGGUUGGUGUGCCGUCUGCCUGAGAGCAAUGUCCUCAAUUAUCUCGUCGAUGCAGGGCACUUGUCAACUUCCAACAUCAAAUCGGCGUUCAAGCACGAGGUUCGCGAGGCGGAUGAGGUUGACGACUUCCUCGGCGAAGAGGUCCCCACCCUCUUAGCUCAGGUUGACCCGACGAUGGAGUUGCUUGUGGGCUACAUCUCCGGAACACAACUCGGGCCGACAGAAUUGGUCGCGUCUAUCAAGCUCCUCCUCCGCAGCCUUGGCUUGUUCGAGGAUUCCUUCAAAUUCCUCCAGGCCCGGCUGACGGAGAGCGGCGAACAGGGCCACGACCACGAGAACGAGGCGGUCAACAGGGCGCUCGAUCGUGCAGAGGAGGAGUUGGAAAUUACGGAGCACUACUUGGGCGGACACCGGACGCGGGGCUUAGGCGUGGCCUUCAGCAAACUUGGGGCUUGUCCCGCGGGCGCCACCGUCCGCAGCCUGCGACGUCUCUUCAGGGUAGAAGAGAUCAUCGGGUUGAUGAACGUUCUGCGGGCUGAGCUCAUCAAAGACGGCUGGACGACACGCUACCUCGACCGGACGAGCGCGGACCAGGACGAGAUCGACGCCCCCCCAGAUGGCAGCAUCCAGCUCAUCGCCGAUCUGAUGUCUAGAUGCAUCGACUCGGUGGGAUUGGCGGGCUGGAUGGCUUCGGACACCAUGCUCGCAGGCUCGCGCAACCAAGAGGACUCGGCCGACUUCUUCAGCCAGUUCCAGGCGGAGGUUAGCGUGGCCCUGGAAGGCGUCAUGGAGGCGGUGCGUCUCCAGGGCGCGCUGGCUGAGACCGUCAGCUACGCGAGGAGGGCGAGGAAAGCGUAUGUGGAGUCGACAAAGGGGAAGGCUGUGUCGAUGCACCUGACCGAGGAACUGCCGCUUGGGCUCAAGACGGACAGCAGAAUCUCGGCAGAACGGGUCAGGUCGGGCGGUGAGAUCGUCCCGCGGAGCAGCAGGCAGAUCGGCCACUUUGUUGGCAAGAAGCGGGGCGUCUACUCGGUCCAGCGGAUAUCGGAGGAGACGCUGCUGGGCGGAGGCGGUGCCGCUGCCGUCCGACAGGGCCGCUGAGCCUGUGCAUCAGGGCUUGCUGAUGCAGGUUGCCGGUGCUCAGGGUGCCUGUUCCGUUGGCAGACGGCUUGCCGGCCAUGUUUGUGCAAGAACCUCGCUGUUGCUCCUUGCAUUGCCGGUGGUCCCUGCCGGAUCAGGCGGAAAGGGACAGUUGUCCCCGUGGUUCCAUGUGAGGAGUGGCCCCGUUCUCGCCUCACUUGCAGGUCAGGUAGAUAAUGUGUUGGUACAUACACUAUAUCAUGUGUGGAUGCCUGUUUGUCCCGCCCCGAGUCUGGCUGAGGCGAUGAGAAGCGAGCUGCGUCUUCCCUCCGCAUUGCCCAUUGCCUUGAGUUUUGCAAGCCUGUGUCCAGGAGUAACGUUAAACUGGCUCGCCCCUGGUCUGC